CUAGAACUUGAAAGUCGGCAUUGUUGAUCACUUCCGAGCACUAAUUGAGAUGUUUCACUACUUCUGUUUCUAAAAGAAGAAACGUGAAAAGUCAACAUUGGAACUUGAGGUAACAGUAUUUCCUGAUUAAAGAACCACAAACUUUUCAAACUUCUUAACAUAAAAUGCAGAAGCUCUCUUCGUCUUCGGAAGCGCCGCCGCUUCCGGUUGCUGCCUACGUCCCUCUCCUUAUCAUCCUGGCCUUCGUCUUCGGGCCCUGGUCAGACACUUUAGAAAUUCCAAAGGCAAAGCCUUUCUACCGAGUAGAAUGCCUAGCCCCCUUCGAAUCGCUCUGCUCGCGGUCGAGGGCGAGUGUAUUUCUUUUCGAGAACGAAUUUGAUCAUGGUUUACCUUCCGACGAUUUAUUUGACUCAUCCGUUUAUGAAAUGAAAAAGUGCACUCACACUCACGAAAUUGGCUAGGAUUUCAGUAGGAAAAUAGCCACUUUUUCUGAGUGUGAGUGCACUUUUUUCUUUCAUGCCGUUUGAUGUUUAUAUAUAGAUACAUUGCUGCAUGCUCAUUCAUUCUUCUAUUUGAAUCAUCCUCAGGUAUACGAACUAUUAGCCGACCAAGAACUUUACGAGAGAGGAGAGCAAAUGCCGCUUUUGGACGCGUUCAAGCGAUACGUGCCAAUAGUAGUCGAGAGGCCGUUUCAAGCGCCGCGUAAUACGAAUGAGGCAAAAGCAUGGAUCGACGUUUUUCGGGUCGAAGUUUUGGAAGCUUUCCUGCAGAAGCUGCUUAGCUUUUACAAGAAGGACAUGCAGGACAGGUAGACUCUCCUAGGCCACUGAUGCAUCCGUUCACCCGAGGACUAUAGUCAAGUCAGCGAUGGUGUUGGUGUUUCAUGAAAACGAAGCCUUGUUUCGCAAAUUCAUCACCCCAAGAACCUCAACCUCCUCCACACAAACAGCAUGACCUACGCCAAUUCGCUUGCGCAUGCUUAUCUUAGUGGGGACUUGGUUGAUUGCUGCGAACGAAGACGCCCUCGUGAAAUACCACCCACGGAGAGCUUUCGCGCCUUCGGGUUGUCACCGUUUCAGAACUGCCAUGAGCACGUUUGCCCAGUCAGAUACUGGUGGAAACACUGCAACGAUACGGAUAUUGGCGCCUUAUGGGAGUUUGUGUCUAGUGAUGCUGGAGAGUAGCCCUUCAUCCUUGUCUUCCUGAAGCUGUAGACGUCAAAACCUAACGGAACCUGUGCCAUCCUCUAACUACCGAUCCAAAAAAACCCGCAAAAGAGGGCGCCGAUGGAGAUGGGAGGCAAGAAAUCAUUUACAACGAGGAGACCGAGAAGUGGGAGACGCGUGUUAUGACUGUGUGUCUUCAAGAAACCAGCUGAACAGCACUAAAAUGUAGUACUUCUACGUUGUUUUUCACUGUUCUCAUUCUCUCUGCUUCAACGCUUUUCAAGCGACUUCAAAAAUGUCUGUGUCACUCCUUGAAUCCACCUGAAUGGUGCCACCCUUAUGAUCUGUAGUCGCGCACAAUCUUCUGUAACUCUACAUUAUAGUCUCAAAAAUCUCAAGAAUUCGUUCUACUAGGUCAUCUCUCUUCACAUUCAUAUCUAUCAAGAUUUCUCUUCUUCUAAUAACAACGCCAUCCGUGACCCCCCUGCUGGCUCAGAAUCUCACGACCAUGGUCCCCAAGUUGAGCCGGUUCCGAAACUAGACCAGCGCCUUCGGCCAACCAGAGCCGAGGGAGAACAGGACGCUCCUAGUAUCAAUGGAUUUAGAACCAUCUUCGAGGCCUUGUAGUUACAACAUACAAAAGACUUUUUCAUCUUGUUUCCUUCAUCAGAGUAUUAAGCAUGACUCUUCUAAUACCACAGGUGGCAGGUUGUUUAUCGUACCGCAGUCGUUCUACGCAGAUUCCGAAACUGUAGCAGAUGCCGCACGACUAGCAAGAGGCGCUCCAACGCUAGGGAAUUCGUAUAAUGGCGACCGUUGCUUGCCGACAGGGAUUCAACUCUUAGACGAGUACUUUUACACGGACGACGAACUGACUAACUCGACAUUCCCUGACUCUGGUGCACAAGUUAAGGCACGACGCACUCAUUAUACUAUCUAUGUGGCACUUUCCUCCAACGUUUCUGCAUCUUUGAAGUAGUUGCCUACUAUUGGUAUUCCUAACUGGUGCAGUUCCUUCCUUAGUCGUUUGCUCGCGUUGAUGGGCGAGAAACGGGCUAAGGCACGACUCACUCACUAUACUAUAGACGUCUCUAUAGAUUACAAUUGUUUAUCCUGUGUUUCAAGAUGAAGAUCGGGCUCUGCGAGUUCCUUUGUUUAAUGAAAUGUCAUGUCUUUGGUCUUCCUCGGUUCAUCAACAUAUUACAACUGCCACAAUUAUAAGUAUGUAGAUGAUGCAGAUGCACCAAGGGGAUUUAAACAGGACUUUAAGUAUUUCCAGUUUAACUCUCUAAUUCCAGCUUAGUGUCAGUCCUUUUCAUCCUCUCCGUCGUCCCUUCCCCCUCGUCUCCUCCUCCCACUCCCCCACCACCCCUUCUAAUCACCGUAGGCUAAGAAAACCGCAACCGCUACAACAGUGGAGUCUGAAGCUGGAAGAAACGCUCCUCGAAUGGGACAAGCUUGCCCAAGACCUGGCACCUUCGACUUCGGCGACGCAGCGUUUCUUAAGGCGAGACAGCACUCACUAACACUAUCUACCGUGAGGUAUAAUUCUGACUGGCUUCUUGCCCCUUGAUUUGAAGGGGAAUCCAACGAGAAAGAAACCACCUCAACACGACUGAGCCACAGAUUGAUAGUGAGCGUCUAGCGUUAAUCUCCCGCGAGAUAACGGGAGAAUACUUCGGUCCAGAGCAAUUUGGGCCGCUCAACGAUCGUCGCACCACAAGACAGCUGAGGAAAAUUUUAUGGAGCGUGGUAGGUGAUGUUAGUGAAGAUAUAUUUAUAUUGUAACUAAUAUUUCAGAGCACUUUAUAGCGCGCAGGGUACAUUGAGUAGCAUGGAGGGCAUGGAGCGCAGACCCCUAAGGGACGCAAGAAGCGUCUCCGUUAGCUCCAUGCAACUCCAUGCGACCCAUGCACUCCACGCCAUGCGACCUGCCAAAUCUUAUAGAUUGUUCUGCACAUUUCUUUCUUCAUGUUCAUACAGGAGCUGGUGUAUCUGCAUCUUCUAAUUAGAAGAGUUCGACACACGAUUCUUCAUUAUCAUCGGGUUUCUGAAUCCUACUUCAUAAUAUCUGAAUCCUACUUACUAAUAUCUGACUUACUAAUAUUUCUGCAUCCUACUUCAAGUUCAUAUUGAUAAAAAGAUAACAUUAAGAUCAAGUCAUCUGAGACCUUCUUCUAACAAUUGCAGAAGUCGUCGGAAACCGGGCUGCAACCCUAGAAGAGUUCUCUUCCAACUCGUCCAUUAUGGGGAAACCAGAUUUCUGAAGAAUCGAUUUUGAUUUUAAGGCCACAAGACGAAGAACUUGUUCGUUGUAAUAUUCGAAUUUAUUCGUGGUCAGUGUUUCUCCUGUUUCAUCAUCUUCAUCGAGCCAAACGAUAAGAAAAAACCUUGUGCAAGAACUUUGGAUGAGUAGGAUCGCAACCGUCAAAUAGGAUGCUCUCACUGGCUGGAUGGUGCAAACAUGAAAUUAUAACAGAGUAGUUUAUAGCACGCAUGGCGCAUGGAGUAGCAUGGAGUGCAUGGAGCGCAGAGCUUUAAGGGGCGCAAGAAGCUCCCCCUUUAGCUCCAUGCUACUCCAUGUGAUCCAUGCACUCCAGGCCAUGCGAGCUGUGAAACCUUAUAAAUUGCUCUGUUAUAAACAUAAUGAAUUUUUAUAGCUCUAAUUGAUUCUGGAUGUGAUGUCACCGAACAUAAUGGUCGUGCUGGAUUUUGGUCUCGGUGGCCUCAUCUCAAUUUUCCAUCCUUUCUGUCUCUUCAAGGGGAGCAGAGGGGGCGUCAAAGAACGUAAAGGACGGUUUCUUCUAGAACAAGUGGGAACUCUACUUCCUCCUAGGUGGAUUGCUCGUGGGCGACACUUCCUGAUAGGUGUGGUCUGGUGGAGGGUUCUUCUAGUGGAGGCGUUCUAGGAGGCCUGGUGAGUAUCCCCCGUUCUAGGAGACCUGGUGAGGCGUUCUAGGAGACCCGUUCCCUCUGUCAUCUCGAGGUUGAUGUCUCUCUUCUUUCGAGAGGCAACAAGCUUUUAGCAGGUAUGACAGGACACUCACAACAGCACACUCACACCCUAACACAGCUUCAACAGGAGGUAUGACGUGUAUCAGAGAUUUGUUGAGCAUAAUGAAUCUUCAAUAAAUGACAGAGCCAGCUAGACUGACUCUCCACAUCUGACUAAUAUUUUUUCAAAGAAGAUGAGUACUAGAAGAGUGUGAGCAUUUACUGCUCAAUGGAACAAGUAUGGGGAAUCACUUAGCUUCCGAUGGUCAUGGUGAGUUUUUUCUUCUUAUCUUCUUUCUUUUCUCGCCGGCGUUGGUUUCUCAUAAUAUUUUUCGCUAGUAUAAUUGUACUCGUCAUAGUCCUCAUAGUGCCCUCUAAUUCCCGCAGUGGAUCUGCGACGUCGAGUGGUGACACGAAGAAGAUACCGGAGACCGUUAGCAAGGCAUUGAUGGAGAAUUUAUUGAAAACUAUUGCAGACGACGAUGACCUUUUAGGGACCCCUGAGAAUGCAAAGGACACGUUUCCGGUAGCUUCUGGGUCAAGAGCAUACACUUAUGGACUUUUUUUCAACAUCCAUGAUAUGCAACAGGAACAGGAUGCAUUGAGAUAACAACAUUAUAUAGAUACAUUGAGAUAACAACACUAUAUUGAGAAAACAACCGGUUCGCUUUUACCUCUAGCGUGUAGCCCUUCCAACAACAAACUACUUAAGUAGAUACUUACCUUGUCAUUGAGAUUGAGAUAAGUAAGUGAUUAUAAAACAAGAAAGAUUAUACAGAACAUUCACAUUGACAUCAUAAAAGAUAAAAGUAAAACAAGAUUUCCGACUACAGAUGACAGGCCUCUAACAGAUUCUCCGCAAAGAAAACAAGACCAGCAAUGCUUCAAAUGUUACAGUGAAAGUAGAUCCAGAUAGCCGUUUCGUUAGUCGCGUAGUCGAGCCAGCUGGAUUUGACGAACACGGUUUUCCUCAGGUAACGAUACGCGAAUUCCCUGUAGUCCCAUCAGCUGACGGCACGGGGUUCGUUCCCGAGCACGACCCGGAUGGAGGGGAAUUUUGGGCCAUCGUUCCUGAUGAAGACAAUAAUACUGAAGGUAAGGCUAGUCAGUGAAACAAGUCACUCACACUUGCUCUGGUAUCUACUGUAGAAUAUGCUGAGUGAGUCUGAGUUCUCUUUAGAACCUCCAUUGAAGCAGUACUAUAGUGUAUACUGAUUUCUUAUUUAAGCAGAAGUUACGGGCGGCAGAGAAAACAAGGGUGGAACCCACUCAAGGGCAACCACGGAGAGUGUGACUGUUUGACUGGCGCUAAGAAAGGGAGUAAUAAAGAGGGCGCAACUGCAACGAGACUGAACUCAUCUUCGUCAAGUUUAAAGACGAGCUCAAAGACUUCUGGGGAAGUAGAGGAUGGUGGCGGAACAGGUAGUCGUGCUCUAGCUACUACGUCAUUAUAUGGAGAUGAAGUGCUAGAGAAAGAAUCGCGGACUGGAAUCUUCACAUGCGGGGAGGAUGAAGUGGUAUUAUGUUCCCCGCUAGUAACCGCAAGUAUAGCAGUAAUACAGCAUAGGUUUUAGAAGCAGUAGAUGAAGAUGAAGCAAAAGCUCUUGAUGAGGAACAGGUCGUGAAGAUCUAUCUGACGCAUCGCCCCCUUCAUAUCGCCUGAAGAUGACCUCACCUACAGUUACAAACUUCUUUAGUCAGUCCGCUGCUGGGGUCAAGCUGCUUCUGAAGCUUUUUCAAGGGGAAAAAGUUUACUCACUCUAAUCCUAGACACGAAUAUAGAGGUUUUCAAAAUACUUUUACUCACUCUAAUCCUAGACACGAACAUAGAGGUUUUCAAAAUACUUUUACUCACUCUAAUCCUAGACACGAAUAUAGAGGUUUUCAGAGCCUCUACGAUGGACGAAGCAAAGACGCCACCACUGCUUCGACUUUCUGUGGAAUCCUUGAGAAAGUACUCCAAAGGUCGUCGCUUGCUGGCAGAGGAGGAUAAAAUUAAGGGUGGACAAUGAACUAAGAAGUACUACAACUAUUCAACUAGAACAGAAUGGCCAUGUUGCAGCUCGAGAGAAAUUUUUUGAUAAGUAGCAUCCAUUUCACAGCAUUGAGUACAGUACCUCCGAAGAAAAGAAGAAGCGAAUAGCAAGAUUGAUGGAAGCUCGUCUUCAUUACUCUUUUUGAAAACAAAAGCGUAAGUUGUAUGAGUAUAGCCUCCUCUUCUAACCAUCGUAAAUGGACAAUGGACCUUGCAUUUGUGAACAACUUCCGAAAGCUAUACAGUGACGAAAACUACGUCUACGGUGUUGGAGACAUCGCAACCGAGUAUUUGCGAGGGUCUGUUAUGAGAGGAUGAUGAGUUGAGUACAAGUACAACCAAGUAGAUUCAGCAUUGAUCGGUCGCGUCCUCUGCGUUGACAUCGUUGAGUACUUAAUAACCGAUAAGCAAUGUUGGGUCGCGUUGAUGAUUUAGCCUCAUGUUGCUCACCUGUUGGUUAAUACAACCGGAUCAACGGAUCCAUGGAACUUCCGAAGUUGAUGUGACUUCUAACAUUGACGAAGAAAAGGAGUCAUUGAUCAAAGCGUCGAAGCGGAGGAAUCUUGUCGACCAUGACGUGAUUGCAGAUGUUAAGGCCUCUUUGUCUUAUCCACAGCCAGGAGAACGAAGGAAGCACGUCACAAGCUACAACUAAGUACGUUUUUUACAGAUUAGGUUUUUACAUUUACGAUUUAUAUCAAGAACAUGUUGAUGUUCUUAGUAGAUGAAGAAUGGAGUCAGUUUUUAGCCCUACCUCUAAAAAAAGCCUGAAGCAAUAUCUCCAAGAGAAUCCGCAAUUGGCGAAAUGAGAGGCCACGACCUGCGUACGCGUUUCUGUUGAUGACUGUUCCUGUCACAAGUUCAAGCCAGAGCAUCCUACGUCUACCGCAGACCACUAUCAAGGCAUCGAAGCAUACUGCUACCGUCUUCUGUGAUGUCUAAGGUCUACAUCACAGAAAAAAAUAGAUGAACGAUGAGCAAGUUUUUCUAGUGCGUCCAAGAACUUUAAUUUUUGAUCUGUAUGUUCGACAUUCUAAGUGUAACUUGUUUCACCUGGUGCUCUGAGCGAUGAGAUUUUAGCGCAGUUCGUUGUUGUGGUAACCAAACAUGUCAUGGGCAAGAAGAGCUCACAAGGAUUUAUUAUCACGAUAUCCAGCAAAGCUGAAUCUAAUCCGUGUCCUCAGUGAAUCGCAGUCUAGUCCUCCUCACAUCAACAUUAUUAUCAUGAUGUCCAGCAAUGUCGUGUCUCUGUCUCACUCGUGUCUCUCCACCAAAUAAAAUUAUAUAGAACAUCAACAAGUAUAAAAAACAACAAGUAAAUUAAUACCCCUUGUUGCUGGGUACAUCAUCAUCAUCAUCAUCCCCAACAAGUGAAGAAGAAGUUCUCUUUUUUUUCUAUGACGCCCUUGAGGCAGUCUGCACUGAACUCCCCCCUACGCCGGUAUCUACGCGGAAAAUACGCAGGUAGGUUCUGACUUAU